UAAUGUAUCGUUUGUGUGCGAGCUUUUCUGGACACCGAUGGACUUAAAAAAUCAGGACUCCAGGUUUAAAAAGCUAACUUUCAUGUUCAUAUUUCACAUGUAAACAAAGGCGCACCUUUCAUUCUUUAAUGAAAUGAUAGUGAAAUACGUGACGUACAUUAUACUGGUUUUUAAGUUAUAGUUUAUAUUAACAAAAAUAACUUUGAUCUGGAUUAAACAGACUUCAAAACCUUGAAUUGACGCAUUCAUAACUAAUUUGUCUCGUUCCGUGCUUUUCUAAUCGCCUGUUACGGUAUUACGUAAUGAUGAAGCGACUUGGCGUGCGUCGCGCGCGGUGUUGACGCGUGACGUCACGGCCUGCCCUCGGCGCCCCGCCCUCGCGCGGCUCUCGGUGUUGUUUCCGCAUAAUUAAAGGAAUCCCCGCCCAGCUCGAUCCCAGCUUGGCUGCGUUGUUUGGGGACAGUCCGAAGAUGGCGACGGCCCAGCUGUACUGCGUCUGCCGGCAGCCGUACGACGUGAGCCGGUUUAUGAUAGAAUGCGACAUUUGUAAGGACUGGUUUCACGGCAGCUGUGUUGUGGUAGAAGAGCACCAUGCUGUAGACAUUGAUGUUUACCACUGUCCCAACUGUGAUGUCCACCAUGGGCCCUCUCUGAUGAAGAAGCGAAGAAACUGGCACAGACAUGACUACACGGAGCCAGAUGAUGGCAGUAAGCCAGUGCAGGCUGGCACUUCUGUGUUUGUGCGGGAGCUACAGGCCAGAACCUUCCCCAGUGGAGAUGAGAUCUUGCAGCCAAUGCAUGGCAGUCAGGUCACCCAGAGAUAUCUGGAAAGGCAUGGCUUCCGCUAUCCCAUCGCUGUACAUAAAAUGGAAGGUCUCGGCCUUUGUUUACCUCCGCCAGACUUCUCUGUCAAGGAUGUUGAGCGCUAUGUCGGAGGCGACAAAGUGAUCGAUGUCAUCGAUGUGGCCAGGCAAGCAGACAGCAAGAUGAAACUGAGUGCGUUUGUGAAGUAUUACUACAGCCCUCAGCGGCCCAAAGUCCUGAAUGUCAUCAGUCUGGAGUUUUCAGACACCAAGAUGUCAGAGCUGGUGGUGGUUCCUGAUAUUGCUCAGAAGAUGUCUUGGGUGGAGAACUACUGGCCUGAUGACUCUUACUUUCCCAAGCCCUUUGUACAGAAGUACUGCUUAAUGGGCGUGAAGGACAGUUAUACAGACUUCCAUAUUGAUUUUGGAGGCACAUCUGUGUGGUAUCAUGUCCUGUGGGGUGAGAAGAUUUUUUACUUAAUAAAGCCAACCCCAGUCAACCUUGCACUAUAUGAGGAGUGGAGCUCCUCUCCAAACCAGAGUGAAGUGUUCUUCGGGGAGAAAGUGGACAAGUGUUACAAGUGUGUUGAGCGGCAGGGAACAACUCUUCUGAUCCCGACAGGAUGGAUCCAUGCGGUUCUCACCUCUCAGGAUUGCAUGGCUUUUGGAGGAAACUUCCUCCACAACCUCAACAUAGGCAUGCAGCUCAGGUGCUAUGAGAUGGAGCGGCGACUAAAGACUCCAGACCUCUUUAAGUUUCCUUAUUUUGAAGCCAUUUGUUGGUAUGUAGCGAAGAAUCUGCUGGAAACUCUCAAAGAAUCCCGGGAAGAUAACUGCCUGCCUCCAGAAUACCUGAUCAAGGGAGUGAAAGCUUUGAUUACUGCACUGAGGAACUGGCUAAAGAGAGAGGUCACAGAGCCAGCCAGCGAGGUCCCUGACCAUAUCAGACCCAACCAUCUCAUUAAAAUGCUCACCAAGGAAAUCCAGUACCUUGAGGAUUAUCAGAAUGGGAACUGUGGAAACAAGCUGAUGAAAUCUCAAGGAAUUUCUGCGUGUCCUUCUACGAGGUCGGUGCACGAGAGAGGCUCUCAUGCACGCAGGACAGCCAGACGUCUUCGUGACCAGCACCAUCAUCACCAUAAUCCCAGUCACAGUCCAAAAACUCCCUCCAACCUCGACAUCUUCGAGCAGCACACACAGGAAGUCUUAAAAAGACUUGAAAGGGGUCCUUAUGAGGAGGAUGCGUCUUUUAACCUGAAGUUCAACAAGGUCUCCACGGCCUCGGCUGCAGUGGCAGAGCGGAGUUUCGACAACGACCUGCGUCUGGUGAUGUGCAAUGGACGUAUAAUCAGAGAUAACAGGCAGCAUGUUGGAGAAAAAAGACCAAGGAUAAAGGAAGACGAAGGCUCCAGAGACGUGAAGAUGGAUUCGCUCAAGAUUAAACUAGUACCUAAAGAGGAAGAACAGGAAGUUGAUAUUCAAUUCAAGGAGGAGGAUAAGCAGCAUUAUGUAACCAGAGACAUAAAGCCCUUCGAAGAUUUUAAUAAGCAAGAGAGUUCAGAUCUCAGGAACCGAGAGUCAGUACUUUCAGACAUCUCUUCGGACUCUGAAUCAGAUGACGACUACACUACACGGAAAAAGAACUGCUCUGAAGAAGAAACUGAAAGCUCUUCAGAGGAAGAGGAAGAUGAAAAGAUUAGGAGGAGUGGAGAUGAUCAAAGUAAGACCAAAAGUUGUUCCAGUUACACGAUGGAUAUGCAUCAAUCCAGGCAAAACCUUGACCCUUUUGAAAAACGUCUUAAAAGUGAUUCUGCUACCUCACCAAGCACAGAAGAGGAUGCUAUCCAGGGGAUGCUGUCUAUGGCAGGACUGUUAUAUUCUCACCCGACAGAGGAUCCCAGCAGUUCACAGGAAUCCUGGUGGUCCCGGACCAACCACCUCUCCCCUGACUACAGUAGAAAAGAGGUAGCAUCAGGAGAGGAGAACCAGGAUUCAGACAGCAAUUCAUCACAGGAGGGCUUUCGUGAGCAUGAUUUAGAAGGAGAACAUCACACCGAACUCAAGCAUAGGAUCCAGGAACACAAGAACUUCAUGGACAGUCAGGGCAGCGGCAGUAACAGCAGCAGCGAGGCGUGGAGCAGUCACACACACUCCCCAGCUCAUGGAGGAAGCCCCACUCUGGGUUACCAGUACUGUGAAACAUCCCUAUCUCCACCUCUGCACCCAUCCAAGAGACCUGCAUCAAAUCCCCCACCAAUCAGCAAUCAGGCCACCAAAGGUAAACGUCCGAAGAAAGGUAUGGCUACAGCGAAGCAGCGAUUGGGCAAGAUUCUCAAAUUAAGCAGACACAAACCCUUCUUUGUGUAGUUCCAGUUGAUGGCAUCUGCCGCUUUCAGAAGAUCUGGGAUACUGAGUGUGCAUGCGAAAGGUGACAGGGUAUAAAAUGUGUUUGGUUCAAACACACCGGCGCAAAAGCAUGGUAGUGGCUCUACCAAUCGACCCGAAGCAACGCGAUUUCCUAGUUUUACUAAUAUGCAUCCAAAGAAACAAGGUGACUAAAAGGAAAUAAGACUGAAACAUCACUUUUUAAAAGCUUUCGGUUCUCAACGGUGACAUCCAAAAUCAGGUUUACUCUACAAAAGCAAAGUCUAGCGCGCCGACCAGGCUGCUUCCCACAACUAAAACGCAUCACAUCGAGGAUGCGCGUUUUAAGGGAGAGCGAUGAACCGAUUUCCUAAAGGUGCUUGACUUUUUAUGGUUUUCUCAUUUUCCUAGCAAAUUCCUCCAGUGAAGAAAAUUUGCAAAACCGCCUCAAGACAAAAUUCACCCUGGACGACUGCUUGAACUACCUGUCAGUCAAAAUGUUCUCAUUUUGAGAGAAAUUAAAAAAAAAAAAAAAGUAUUUUUGUCGACAUUUGUAUUCAUCUUGUCAUAUUUUCUAUGGGUCGCUGAGGAGCGCUGGGUAGUUUAGCUAUAUUCGGUCCUCUGUCGCCACCGAGUGGGCAUCCAGAGACUGACUUUAAAUGGUGCUUGAAGGUAUCAUUCAAAUGAGGCAAGAGACAUUUCCCCUUAAUUUAUUCCUUUAUCUUGGUGCUUGAUUUUUAUUUUCUAUACUGUUAUUAAAUUACGUAUUUAUUACUGAUGAAAGAGAACAAUUUAUUUCAUUGAGGAGGUUUGCUGUUCUUUAGGGUCUCAAUAUGCGUCUGUUUUGAAACGCGUUUAGAUAUUUGUUACCAUACAGCCAGUUUGUGCAAAGGCUUAGCUGUUAAUUUCUUCCAUAUCUGUUUGCAUUGUGGGUAAGAACAAACGUGUUGUGUAAUAAGAAGCUAAUAUUUUAAUGAAAAAAAACCUGCCCGGAUAGUCCCGUUAAUGUUACAAUCUUUCAUUUUUACACCUUUUGAAGGGCAUGGGGGGAAAAAAAGAAAAAGAAAUUUAGCAUUUGUAAUCAAGCAGCAAUGUCACCACCUGUUAUUUGGCUGGUUUUAAUGUUAUUCUAAGGAUUUGUUUUCAGCCGCCUCAUCAAAAUCUGAAACACUGUUUGAACUGGUGCUGUGUACAGCGAGACGUUUAAGAUGGCCAAGGAGAAUUUUUACCUUUUUUACUUUUGAAAUGUAUUUGGCUACUCGUCUUUUUACAAAGAAUCGAAAAGAAUAUUUAUUUUUGUAAGUAAGUCUUAAGAGAGAAUUUUUUUGCAGUUGUACCAACAGCUUGUAUCGAAAUAUGGCGCGUUUUGUAAGAUAUGUGUGAUUUUUCGAGGUAGUUUACUCUGGUUUUGUGUGAAAGACCUCAGGUAAUUGUUUGAGCUCAAGGUUUUGGAUUCCUUUUGAUGAAUGCCAAAUAAUGUAAUCAAGUCAGGUCUUGCUUUGAAUUUUGGUGACCAGGCAGCGAAAAGAGCUGUUUUUCCUAACCUAUAAUUUAUCGCAUUUCUUAGUGAAUAUGCCCAUGGGAAAAAAAAAAAAAUCUUUUUGUAUUACAAGUUUGUUCUCUUUUAAAACAUUUAUAGCAACUCCUUCAUAAUCUACAAAGCUCUUUGGGCAAUAACGCACAUUCCAUAAGCUUCCAGGAACUUCGUCAUGACUUUCAUUGACUCGCUGAGGUACAAGUACAGCAGCUCAGGGCUCACAUACGGACUGUUUUUCUGAUGGACAGCUUUGAUACUAAUUAUUCAAAGGGCUUCGGUCAACCCCAAAGGUGCACGGAAAAGGUCAUAACAACCAGCACAGUUGUUGUUGCUGUACAUCAUCUUUAAGGGUUUAUGUUGUUAUGGUGUAUUGUGGACUAAGAUACUCGAGCAUUGUGAAGACAAAAACCACAAUGCCAUUAAUGUAGCACCUGUUGCUUUUCUCCUUGAGAUCCUAAUUUAUGGUGCUAUUUGUCUGAUCAGGAUUUGGGCCAAAGUGCAUAUGUAUUGCAGUCAUUUUUUUUUAUUCCUUUUUUUUUUUUUUUUUUUUUUUUUUUGUUGUUUGGAGGAUUGGAGGAACAGCUUCUGUGUUUGUCCAAAAAGAAGACAAUGCCACACUGCACUAAACGCGCCCUGCAUUAGCUAUGUUACACUACACUGUUUUUUCUUUUUUUUUUGUUUUUGUUGUUACUGUUUUAACAAAUAUCUAAAUGUGCUUGAUAAGUCAAAAACAUUGCUGGCCUGCAGGCAGGGUUUGUACCAUGCAGUACUUGUACAGUAUUUAUUUGGCAUUCUCUGUUGUGUUUUCAAUUUUCUGGUCUUGCAAUCAAUUACGUGUUUGUUUAUGGAGUGUCCUCUCACAUUUUCAAUGCAUUCAAAUGUUACAAAUUUUUAUAUGGUUGUAUAAUUUUGAAUAUUUUGUGACGCUGUAAUCCACGGCUAAGGCUCUGGGAUUUUCAGUUGUACAAUGUGGCCUGUAUAUAUUAAAAAUUCUACAAGUGAA